GUUUUUUUAAUUAAAAAAAAGUUUGUAGUUGCCGUUUGUUAUAGUGUCCUAUGGUUAUAAAAGUCAGAAUAACAGUUAUUAGCAAGUGAUUAAAAACAAAUUUUAAAUACAUGGAGGAAAAAAUACCAGAUCGACCACAUUUUAAACUCAUUUACCAAAGAUACUAUCAACUAAAACUACGAAAAAAGUUCGGAAAAAUAGAUCUUAAUUCUAGGGAUAUCUGGAAUAACACUCCUUUACAUAAUGCUCUAAAAUAUGGCCACGAAGAGCUGGCAAGGUGUCUUAUAAAAUCAGGAGCUUGUGUUAAUCAUGUAGAUACAGAUGGUAACACGCCAUUGCAUUUGGCAGCACGAACUGGAACUACGAGCAGGACGAGUAUAGACACGGUACGCCUACUUUUGAAACACAUGUCCGAUGUCAAUAGUAAAAACAAUAGAGGAUUUACACCUUUGCACGAAGCUGUAUAUGCAGAAAAUGUGAAAACGGCAAAAUGGUCAAUAAUAAAUUAUUACUAUGGUGACAAGUCAAAUGAUACAAUCAGUAUACCCAAUACACUCUAUUGUGUUUACGAUUAUAAUGGUAGUAAGUUCUUUAAACGUGCCCGUCGGGAUCCACCUAUUUGGGCAAUGAAAAAUACUACGACUAUGGUUAGAAUUUUAGUAGAAGCAGGAGCAGAUGUUAAUCAUCAGACUGCCGAAGGUUGGACCCCAUUACAUUUCGCGGUUGAACGGAGUCUUGUAGAUGUUGUUGAUAUACUAUUGCAAAAUGGGGCUAGCGUUGUCUUAACCGCGCAAAAUCUGCCAGAAUGUCUACUACUCCCAAUGCCACGAAAGAUACGAGCAUUAUAUAGAGUCGUCUUUAAAGUAGUUAAUGACAGCUAUAUAAAAUUACAUUCUGGUACUACUGUUUUGCAUCAAGCUGCAGAGUUGGAUAUACCGAAUAUAGCAAGAGUUAUUGUAGAUAAAGGUGCUGAUAUUAAUGCACAAGAUUCUAGGGGGAAAACUGCUCUACAUAUUGCCGUAGAUAAUUUUCAAUAUCAUAUUGUCGAAUUUCUAAUAUUCAAUGGUGCUAAUAUUAACAUAAAAGACAACUAUGGACAUGUUCCUUUAGCAAAUAUAUUUUUUGAUUGUUUUGAUUUUGAUUUGGAUUUUCAACGAAAAAUGGUUAAAUACAUUGUUUUAUGGCAAAACGACCAGCAGCAUCUAUUUAUGAAAGGUUCUAGAAUAAGUUCUGCAUUACAACCUUUGUGGAACCAUUGUGAAGAUGAUGUUAAUAAAAUGAAAGAUUUUAUAUUCGAGGAGAGUAAUAUUUCCUUAUACACAAUCCUUAGACACAUUUUUAAUGAACACCAACUUGCAGAGUACCUGAAAAAUAAAUCAAUAGCCCAAUCCUUGUCGGAUUUUAUCUGUAAUGAUAUAUACUGCACAAUAUUUCCGAGAUAUGAAGAGCUUAUACGGAUAAUUCCAUUUAUUUUGAUACCUGCAAGAGCAAGAAAUUUAGAAUUAGAGAAACUCAUUUUGAUUUCCAAUGAAAUUUUGCCUCAAUUGCCUCCAGAAAUAGUGCUUAAAAUUGGUAGUUACCUAAAUAACUAUGAUUUAACAAACUUUUUGCUAUCGGUAUGUGAAAUUUGA